GAAGGAUCUGGCGAGGCGAAGUCGCUGUGGUUUAAAGGCGGGGGAGCGGCGGUCAAGUUUCUGCGUUGCAUUGACAGCAUGCCUGAUAUUAAGCCUGGACGCAAAUCCCUCCCACUAGUCAGCGAUCUGGCUAUGUCGCUGGUCCAGUCCAGGAAAGCCGGGAUCACGUCAGCACUAGCAUCAAGCACCUUAAACAAUGAAGAGCUAAAAAACCAUGUUUACAAGAAGACCCUUCAAGCCUUAAUCUACCCCAUCUCCUCCACGACCCCCCACAACUUCGAGGUCCCGGAUGAUGGAGACCAUGGUCUGAUGUCGAGAUUGUGGCAGGCAAGCUCGGGCUAUCACGGAGUCGAGGACCGCUCCAAUGAACUCCACCCGCUGUGACGGAACCAAAGUGGACUU